AAAAAUAAUGUUUGUUAUCUUAUUUCAAUGGGUUGAACAAGAAACAGCCAUCUCAUGCAGAUGUUUGUCUGCACACAUAUAUAAAUUCACAAAAGCUACUUCAUGACUCUCUUGAAACAUCUAGUAAGCUGGCUCUGAGGUCCAAGCAGCUUUUCCUGGAGCAGUUUCCUGGGCUGGAUUUCUCAUCACUGCCACUGACUGCCACCUGAACCACCACACCAUUUUAUCAUUAAAAUGAGAUGCUCCAACUAGUCUACUAACCAUCUGAAAACACCCACCUGAAUUCUCCGCACUCAACAGAGCAGCCCAAGGAUAAACCCUCAAGUAAAUCCUAUGUGACUGAAGCUGUAGGAACCUGACUUCGAUAAGCUCCAGUGCUGCUAGCAACUUGGGGAAUUUGGCCUGUCGUCUGUAAUCUUUGAAGUGUAAACUUCAGACUCAUGCAAAGCAGAGAGCAGAAGUGAUGUCUGUAUUUUCAGUUCCUUCUUUUCACCACCCAAAGGAGAUGGAGCUCGGAGAAAUUGUAGUGACUGGGAGUCCAGGCGAGAGGAAUUUGUACGCAGAGCAGAAGCCACGAACCCAGGACCUGCUGGGGAAGAACGGAAAGCAAAUCCACCGAGUCUUCAAGUAUCUCACGGGAGAAAUGAAAGAAUAUGGAGAGUGGAUGAAAAAUAAGCCCCUAAUGGUUCAGCUGGUGGACUGGAUCUUGCGAGGCACCUCCCAGGUGAUGUUUGUCAACAACCCCCUCAGCGGGCUGUUCAUUUUAGUGGGGCUUUUCAUCCAGAAGCCCUGGUGGAUGCUCACGGGCUGCGCUGGAUCAGUUGUGUCAACGUUAACAGCACUGGCCCUCAGCCAGGACAGAUCAGCCAUUGCAGCCGGGCAGCAUGGCUAUAACGGGAUCUUGGUGGGACUGCUCAUGGCUGUCUACUCUGACAAAGGGGACUACUACUGGUGGCUUCUUCCUCCUGUGGCAGUUACAUCCAUGGCCUGUCCAGUCCUUACCAGUGCAUUGGGAUCCAUCUUCAGUAAAUGGGACCUUCCCGUUUUCACUCUGCCCUUCAAUAUUGCAGUGACUUUGUACUUGGCAGCCACAGGACACUACAACCUCUUCUUCCCUACAACCCUCAUCAAGCCUGUAGCAUCAGUGCCCAAUAUUACCUGGACUGCAAUCAAUGUGCCUCUGCUCUUGCAAUCCAUCCCAGUCGGUGUUGGGCAAGUGUAUGGCUGCGAAAACCCCUGGACUGGAGGUAUCUUUCUUGUUGCUCUACUUAUCUCCUCCCCACUUAUUUGCUUGCAUGCUGCAAUUGGAUCUGCAGUGGGGAUGUUCGCAGCACUGAGCAUCGCAACACCCUUUGACAGCAUCUACCUUGGCUUACACAAUUACAACUGCGCGCUUGCAUGCAUUGCGAUUGGAGGCAUGUUCUAUGCCCUGACCUGGCAGACUCACUUGCUGGCACUUGCUUGUGCAUUAUUCUGUGCCUACUCUGGAGCAGCUUUUACUAAUGCCCUAUCUGUGCUUGGACUGCCACUCUGUACCUGGCCUUUUUGCUUCUCUGCACUUCUCUUCUUGAUGAUAACUUCAGACAACCCAGCCCUCUACAAAAUCCCCCUCUGCAAAGUCACCUACCCAGAAGCCAACCGGAUCUACUACCUGAGAAUGAUGAGAAGAGCAUCAGAGAGCAGAAGAGAAGAGCAGAAACGAAAGGAGCAGAAACCUUCGUGUGGCUCUAAAAUAAGCACAGGAGGCACCCCCCUGUGCACCCCCAAAAACAGCCGUCUACAGCACACACAGGGUCAAAACCUCACCAUGGAAAACAGUGUUGAUGUCAAGAUAGAAAAUAACGGGGAAAGAAAACCAAGAAAGCAAAGUCCCUUGAGCAAAGGUGGGAAGAGAAUCUGCAGAGCUGUUGGGUACAUCACAGGAGACAUGAAGGAAUUUGGAGCCUGGCUAAGAGACAAGCCUAUUGUGAUCCAAUUUAUCGACUGGGUGCUGCGUGGGAUAUCCCAGGUGAUGUUUGUCAAUAAUCCCCUCAGUGGGCUUGUUGUAGUAGCUGGCUUCCUGGUACAGAACCCCUGGUGGACACUCACAGGCUGUUUAGGUACAGUGGUCUCAACCUUAACAGCACUUAUUCUGGGCCAGGACAGAGGAGCCAUAGCAGCAGGUCUGCAUGGCUACAACGGGGUCUUGGUGGGACUGCUCAUGGCAGUCUUCUCUGCUAAGGGAGACUAUCACUGGUGGCUUCUACUGCCAGUAGCACUGGUGUCCAUGAUGUGCCCUGUUUUCACCAGCGCUUUAGGCUCAGUCUUCUGUAAGUGGGAUCUGCCUGUUUUCACCUUGCCUUUCAACUUGGCCUUGACCCUCUAUCUGGCUGCAUCAGGACCCUAUAACCUCUUCUUCCCUACAACCGUCAUUCAGCCUGCAACUGCAACACCAAACAUCACCUGGACAGAAGCUGAAAUGUCAAUGCUACUGCAAUCCAUUCCAGUCGGGGUGGGUCAGGUUUAUGGCUGCGAUAACCCCUGGACCGGGGGAAUUUUCCUGCUUGCUGUAUUUAUCUCAUCUCCACUCAUCUGUCUGCACGCGGCAAUUGGAUCAGCAGUGGGGAUGCUGGCAGCGCUGAGCUUAGCAACACCUUUUAGCAAAAUCUACUCUGGCUUGUGGAGCUACAACAGCUCUCUCUCCUGUAUCGCCAUCGGAGGCAUGUUCUACGCGUUCACCUGGCAGACACAUUUGCUGGCAAUUGCCUGUGCGCUCUUCAGUGCCUAUCUGGGAGCAACAAUGACAAACAUGUUGUCUGUGUUUGGGGUGCCAUCAGGAACCUGGUCUUUCUGCUUAUCUGCACUGACCUUCCUGUUAAUAACCACAAACCACUCUGCCAUCUACAAGCUACCACUCUCCAAAGUCACCUAUCCAGAAGCCAACCGAGCAUAUUACCUGAGGGUGAAGAAACAUCAGAUGUCUUGCUGUGAUGUAUAAAGACCCAAGAAGAGAGAUACUUUGCAGAUUGUAAGGCAAGAGCACAAGGUAUUCCCCCUAUAAAGUCAAAAGACCAGAAAAACCCACCACCUUUGAAUGAAGAGACUUUUCGCAUCACAAUCUUUUGUUCUAUCCUGAUUAGAUAGGGCUGUGCUGUGUUGGAGGGACCUUUCCCAAGGCUAAUCUGUAAUGAUUUAAAAGCACAUAUGCCUGAAAAGAUGCUUGAAUUUUAAACAGCGGGGAAAUGACUUAGCAGUCAAAAAGAAAAAUCUGUUUCUGAAAUACAAGUUACAGCAAUCAAACAUAAAGCAAUAAAGAGCAGAGCAUCUCUCGGCA